CGAUGCUCAGACCGUGUGAUUUAUAGCGUUUGCUGAAAUCAGCAGUACGAGCUGCUUGAGAGCGGCGAGGGGAUUCUCUCUCCGGCAUCCGUUCCUCACACUGUACCGCUCACUGCUCGUAAUUGGAUCUCUGUAUGAGGCUUCCAAGAAGUUCUCAUCUGGGCUUUACCCACAAUGCACAGUUCUCUCCUCAUAACCUAGAUUACUAAUGGAGACAAAUGUUGCAGAUCCUGGGAGAGUUCUCUAAUUGGUGGAGUAGGAGAGGAAACAGAAGAGCGAAGAGACAGAAAGCGUUUUAACAGGAUCUCGACUGUGAAUCCUGAAAAUCCACAAUUCAAUAAAUACUCACCUGCACCAGAGCUGCCGCAUUUUGGGUCCUAUCUUCAAUUCCACAUGUCUGCCACACCGGAUAUGACAGUACGAACCAGCCCCUAUGGACCCAGCGGCAGUAAAUCCGUCCAAGGAGCUCCGGGACGAGAUUGUGUACAAUGUGGAGAUUCUCCUCGGGCUGUGGCUACAGAACCCUCCGGAAAGCCGGUUACAACGGCUCUUUUCCGGCCUGCCAUGGCUUCUGGAAUUGCUUCCCCCGACCAUGCAGGCCUUUCUUCGCAACACACCCCACCUUCUCUCAGCCACUUCUACCUCGCUGCCCGACUCGCCGGAUGUGAUGUUGCCUGGCCCGUCGGAGCCGUCUGCGGGGAAGAAACGUCGAUCGCGCUGCCGGCACGCCACCCCACAGCCGGACGUUCGGACUUCUAAAUCGCUGGCUGUGGUGAGUGAGGACUCUUUUUCUGUGUUGGACUGUGGAACUGUGUUUUCUGGGGCUAUGUUUUGUGUGGUAGAUAGUACUGUCAACAGCGUAUUGGCUGGUCAGCAGCAGCCACUCUCUGCUCAGUUAGCUGCUAAGCAGUCACUUUCCACUCAGUCUCCAGUGUCAGCCACUCACUCACCUUCAGCUCUGUCUCCAGCGCCUCCAGUGUCACUUUCCUUUCAGUCUCCAGCGCCUCCAGCGUCACUUUCAGUUCAGUCUCCAGCGCCUCCAGCGUCACUUUCAGUUCAGUCUCCAGCGCCUCCAGCUUCAGUCUCCAGCGCCUCCAGCGUCACCUGUAGUUCAGGCCCCAGCGCCUCCAGCGUCACCUGUAGUUCAGGCCCCAGCGCCUCCAGCGUCACCUGUAGUUCAGGCCCCAGCGCCUCCAGCGUCACCUGUAGUUCAGGCCCCAGCGCCUCCAGCGUCACCUGUAGUUCAGGCCCCAGCGCCUCCAGUCUGCUAUUGGCAGAGUCUUCCACUCCAGGGCUUCCCCAGAGGCUAGGUCUCAGUCCCCAGCUGAUUCUGGACCCCUGA